AUGGAUCCUGAAGCAGUGCAGGUGAAGCCUGCUGAGGGGAAGAAGAAUGAGGAUCCAAAGGUGGCAGAAGCGACCCAUGCAGUGAUUGAGCCCACAGUCACAUCUGCAGAUGAAAGGAUCCAUGCAGUAUUUCAGCCUGAUGCAGUGAAGACCAGCCUGGGUGAGGCUUUGCAUGGUCAUGAGAAUCUGGAAGCUGCACUGCCAGAUCUCUGGCGCCUCCUUUUCUUCCUUCGGAGUGGCAAGCAGGGGAGCGACUCAGAGAUCCUGCCAAAGCCCAUGUUGAGCCGGCAGCGUGUUCUGAAUCAGCCGCAGAAAUGGCAAAACGUCGUUCAACACCAGGUCUCCCUUUUGGAUGGAGAUUCCAAAGCUGGUCAAGCGCGGCAGGGACGCCAGCAGGCCUGGAUCAAGCAUGUUGAACAGAUCCGGCUGGACCAGUGGCCUUCACUGCCACCAAAUGCCUCAAUUGAGAGAGGGGAUGUGGUGGCUGCUUUGGUGUCAAAGCAGUGGGUGCCAGCUUUCGUGCUGAGCAUUUGGCGCAGCUUCAAAUCUGGUUCUGGAAAUGCGCAGUUGUGCCCGCGCGGCCUUUCACGUGGAAGCCUGGCUGCUGCUCGUGUGGUGUGCUUGAGCUUGGAAGAUGGCUCUGAGAACGUCUACCGUUGCUCCAGCACCAGCCCAUGCCUCGUGGUGAAGUACGAUGCAGUUGGGGUGAAGCUCUUGGGAGACCGGAUGUCUGGAUGUGAUGGAGCACGGGUGAAGCUGCAUGAGGCCAGCAGACAAGCUUUGAAUUCCAUGGGUGACGUGGCCGCAGAUGCCUUGGACGCAAAGGCCAAGGCCAAAGCCAAGGCCAAAGCGACGAGGAGUGCGAGAUACAUUCUUCCAGUGAUUGACAACUACCGCAGAACCAUCAAGGGCCGCAAGUUGAUAGUUCAAGAAGCGACCAAACUGUUGUCAAUGCAAGCCAAGCAGUUCCCGGCCAAGUCAAUGUUAGACAUUGACUCCAAAGUGAUCAGCUGGAAAUUCAAUGGCACUGAGGGGAAAAUUGGAUACGAGGAGUUCAUGUUCAAGGUGCCCCAUGUGGUUGAGCAGUACUACGUCCAGAUCCGCAAAAAAGUGGAAUACGGUGCCAAAGUACAUGGAUGGCUGACUAGCAUCGAGAAGGAGAUGUCUGAGUCCUACCGCUUCAAGAAACUCCAAGAACUGGUGUGGAGAGCGGAUGUCACUGAGGUAGCAGCCACGAAAGGAUCCAAGACAGCAUUCAAGAAGGUUGGCACGAAGGAUGGAGAAGCAGAAGACGAUGAUGAAGAUCAAGGUGAUGAAGAAACAGACAUCUACGACAAUGGUGACCUCUUUGAUGAGGAGGAUGGCGCGGAAGACUCCGAGGAGGAUUCUGACUAA